GCAGAAUGCACUCAUGUUAUGAAGCAUCACACGGCGUGAAUCCAAUGGAUUUAUUUCCAGGUUAUUUUGUAAUAACAAAAAAUACGGACACAGGAUUCGUCUCUCAAGUUGGAACGGGAUGUGGACCGUGCGUUUUGCUGUUGGGGCUUUUAUCAGUAUGAUUUUCCAAGUGGGCAUGACGCAACAGUGGACGAAUGGUGAGUAUUGCCAUGGUUGGAAGGACGCGCAAUCUACCUGGCGAGGGGGUUUCCAUUGUCCGGAGCGCCACGAUCAAAGAGAAGCAGUGAUCUGCUGUGGAACUUGUGAGCUGCGCUACUGUUGCGCACUCAUAGGCGCAAGACUGGAUCAGGGAAACUGCAUCAACCACGAGCAAGUUCUACAGGCUGGCACGUCUGAUGACGAGAAAGAUGCCAAGAUCGCAGUACCUGUCUAUGUUCCCUUUGUUAUCGUGGGCUCUGUGUUUCUGGCCUUUAUCUUUCUGGGCUCCAUGGUGGCCAUGGGUGUCUGUCUGAGUCGUAAACAGGAGAUCUCCCAAAGCCCAGACGCUGGUCCCCAGGGUGGGAGUGGAGAGCAGCAGCAGGAGGUUGUACCCAUGACUGUGAGUACAGGGACGUCCUGUGGUUCCACCUCAUCUCUCUACCCUCCCAGUGCCAGCCAAGCCUGUUCAACUGGACCCACACGUGUCCACCAAACCUUAAAGAGGCAGGAAACUCCCACCAGCCCACAACCCUCCAUGGUCCAACCUUUUACCAUGCACCCCUCCAUGGUGUUUUCCACCCUGGUUCACCCCUCCAUGCUUCAUCAUUCCAUAAUGCAUCCUUAUAUGGCUCAAAUGCCUACUCUGUAUACCUCACAAGGGGAAAGCCGUCAUCUCCCAUCUCCCUGCCCUCCAUCCAGCUAUACCAGCACUAAACCCAGGCACACUGAAGUGAUCAUAUAAUUUGUGACUUUGACUUUGAAAGAGUAUUUGGGUAAUCAAAUAGGAAAAUAUGAAUAAGCCCAGGAAAUGUAAUGUAAAUGUGUGGCAGCCAGUUUAGACUAAUAAAAAUGUUUAGGAGAAUAAUUGCAAUUGGUCAGUUACCAAUAAUUCAAACAUUCAUAUUUUAUUAUUCCUUAAAAUGUAUAGUAUUUCUU